GGAAACCUGAAGGGAUGGGAAAUAUCUGUUUUCCGAAAGGAAUUAGUAACAAACCAGAUGCCUUCGCUGCUUGUGGAACAAGGACCGUUGCCACAUUAUUCGAUCAGAUUAACGACACAAAUCGGAUAAAACUGUGGAGAGAAGCUUUUCGGAUAGUGGAUGAUGUAUUUUUGCCAAAGCACUGUAGAAUCAAGUACGAAGCUGUCAAACAAAUCGUGUUUAAAAACGUGGAGAUCAAUUACGAGGCUUAUCCUACGUUUGGUGUCACCUUAGAUUGGGACGCGUAUGGAUCAUUAAGCGAGGAAACCAAAAACAGUGCCAUCCGUCUCUUUUUAGUGCUGAGCGAAAUGAAUGACAUGUAUUUUUCUCCGAUCCUUCCUGGCAUGAUCCUAAUGCUCAUGAACUACAUAAGCGAGGAGGAGGUUUACAUUAUCAUAUCCUCGAUCCUCGAAAAUGUAGAUCUGUACCAGAAAUACUUGAUUCUGAACCAGCGCUACGAAGAAGCGUUUAUUGAAAACCUCUGUACCAUAAACCGACGUUUUGCUAAUUCUGACAAUGUACAUUUCUCCCAGCUGCAUCCCUCACUGUACGGAUACAUUCUCCACGCUUGGAUGCCCGCCUUCUUCGCCCUCUCUCCCUCUCUCGACGUGAACGUUCGUUUUUUCGAUGCAUUUGUGGAUCGCGGUUUCUGGCUCUUCGCAGCGUUCUACGUCGCUUAUCUCAAUCGCUACUGUCGAGACCUGGAGUACGAGAUGGGCACGGACGACGAAUCCAAUGUGUCCCACGUGCUGGAACACAUCAAAACGCUUUCGCUGGACGACGUGGAGCUCCUUCUCGCCGACAGCAUCCACCUCACGUUUGCUUUCGAUCGUCCGCGAUGA